CUUUCUUGCUUGUACCUUGUAUGAGUGGGUGGGCUCCUUUUUAUGAUGGAAAGGUACAGGUACUCCCUCCUGCACCCUGCACACAGGUACUUCAUGCAUGAAAUGUUAGGGCGGUAUGUACAUCUACUUGCACUACCAAUCUGACGUAACGGCCCCCGAGUGUCUGCACAUGUAACCCAUCCAUUCCCAACGCUUGAGCAUCGUCGAGUAGUUUACUGAUUACUGAUUACUUAUCACGGAAACACCCAGCACGCCUACCAGAGACAAUCCGACAAAUUCGACGGCCCGGCGAGCGCACCAUUCAAUAUCUUAAGCAUCGCCAUUGCUAAUCCCCGUGCCGUGCUCUGCUGCAACCCCGCAUUCACAGUCGCCAUCAUGCAGCUCGUCGGCUCCAAAUCAUCACGGCGCCUCGAGGAAAUCGGCGAGGACAGUGUGACCCUGCUCCCCACCGAUCCAGAAGAUAUGUGGCAUGCCAAUAACCUGAUUGGUCCCCAAGAUGUCAUCAAGGCGCACGCCAUCCGUAAGGUCACCACAGAGUCCAAGACGGGUAGCACCGUUUCGGAGCGUGUUCACACCGAUUUGACCAUUCGCGUCACCUCGACCUUCUUCGACCCCGCCGCCUCCCAGCUCCACGUGUCGGGCACCGUCAUCGUCGAGAAUGCCUUCGUCAACAUCGGUCAGUACCACACGCUCGACCUCGAGCUCAACCGGCCCUUCACCCUCUGGAAGAAGUACGGCUGGGAUUCGGUCGCGCGAGAGACACUGUCCGAUGCGCUCAAGCAGGACAAGGAUGGCGCCGUCGCCGCCGUCGUCAUGCAGGAGGGCAUAGCCAACAUCUGCCUCAUUACAGAGUUUCGUACUGUCCUCAAGCAGCGUGUCGAGAGCGCCAUACCCAAAAAGCGGUCAGCCAGCUCCGACCAGGACUCGGGCAUGCGCCGCUUCUUCGACAAAACCCUGUCCACAUUGUUGCGUAGCAUCGACUUCUCCAACCCACGCCCUCUGUUGCUGGCCAGCCCGGGCUUUGUGGCUACCGAUUUCAGGAAAUACAUAUCCGACGAGGGGACGCGCAGGGCUGACAAGACCAUGAUGGCGAUGGCGAAGCAGGCGACGGUGGUACAUUCUAGUUCGGGUCACCUACACAGCCUCAACGAGGUUCUCAAGAGCUCCGAGGUCACGACGACGAUGAAAGACAUGAAGUUCUCCAAGGAGACCAGAUUCAUGGAUGACUUCUUCGAUCGAAUACGCAAGGACGAUGGCCGGGCGUGGUACGGCACAGGACCGGUGGAGAAGGCGGUCCGAGAGGGUGCAGUUGGUCGGGGUGGCGGCGUGCUACUUAUCAAUAACUCGCUCUUCCGCAGCCUCGACAUCGCGACGCGGAAACGCUACGUGGCCAUAGUGGACAAGGUGAAGGAGGAUGGGGGUGAAUCCAGAAUUCUAAGUAGUGAUCAUGAAAGUGGACAGAGAUUAGAUGCGCUGGGAGGCAUCGCUGCUCUCCUCACAUACCCCAUUCUCGAUCUGGACGAGGAUGACGACGAGGGCGAGCAAGAUAACGCCAAUGCAGAAGCUGGCGAACAAGAAAUGAUAAUAUGAAAUUACCUUGACUAUUUGUUUUCCUCCGUUCUAUUAGGUAUUUCUCUUUUCUUGUCUUUGCUACUUAGAUUCUCCACCACACCCCUCGAAGUACGAUUACGAUUGCGAUUGCGAUCGCGAAGAGUAGAUGAAUGCAUACCUAGGUAUCCGCCCAUAUGGCCCUUCCAAUUUACUCAUCCGCCCAUCCGCGUAUUGUUCAUGCAGUAAGCUAAGCAGCUAGCCGCCAGAAGCUACUUGGUAGAAGCAGAGUAGAAACUGGGAUCCCCCCUGCUGAGGUACCGAUGUAAUAUGCCUACGUCAUGCUCCUUUGGGAGUUGCAGAUUAGGGGUUGGUUAUC